UCGACCCAGAGAAGCUUGGUACAGUUCGCCAUUUUGACAUUCGCUCACAGGAGCGGAGUGUUAGUAAAAAUAUCGUGAAAUUCUGUCGCCAUCCGUCCCUUUACCUCUAUUAUUAGGAUAGGAUUAAUUUUUCAGUCAUCCGUCAUUGGAACGAGCCCAGCUUAGUGGUUCGUUCCACGGGUUCCUCAGCAUCUAAAUGAGCGUCUGUGAUCAGCAUGUCAGCAUCGUCCGGGUCACAAGCAAAGGGGGAGAAAUCAAAGAAGUUCCAGUCAUUGAACAUAAAUAAUAUAUUUAAGGGCAAGUCUAUUGAAACCACCCAAAAAACUGUAAUCCAGAAACAUGGCAUGCAAAGCCUGGGUAAAGUGGCGUCUGUACGGCGCGUGCCUCCUCCUGCUAACUUGCCAAGCCUGAAGGCGGAGAAUAGUGGUAACGAUCCUAACGUGAAUCUGGUACCAGCUGGUGGGCAAGGAUGGGGCAGCAAGGCGGAGGAGAUGACCCCCGAUGGGUCAUCCACUCCUCAGGAGGUGACACCAACACCAACACCACCACUCGACCUCACUCUAAAGGCACCCGGGGCAGGGGCACCUACGAGUGUGGAUGUGGGCAACCAAGUAUCAACCAACAACAACAACAACAACAACCUAGGAAGCAGCACAAGCUCAACACCAAAUUCUCAACCUCCCGUUUUCAAUAUUUUUUCAGUAAUCAGUGGUGGAGGAGGUCCAGUACUGGAUGGUGGGAACAGUGGAGUGAACCUCAACACCCCCACCAUUAUUACCAACAACAGUACCACAACACCCACCAACAGCAGCAGCAACGGAAAUACCAUCACAAACAACAAAAACAAAAACAUCAACAACAACCCCAAUGCAAGCAGCAUAUCUAUCACUUCCACAACCAGUACUGCAACGACAAGCACCAGCAACUUGAUCAGCAACAACAUCAACAGCAGCUCACCCACCAACAAAAUCAGCAGUGGCACGAACAUCAUCCCCACCUCCAGCAUCACAAACAACCUCACCACAAACAGCAGCAGCAACACCACUUCUACACCCACCAACAACCUAAGCAAUGGGAACAACAAUCUAAACAACAGCAACAAGCCAUGGAGCAGUGCAGCAGCCGGUGGGGCAAUUCCUGGUGGUUCCCCCGGGGCACCAGUCCCACUGGAUGGUGGGCCCCCACAGUCCUCCUCAGUCCAACAGUCGCCGUUUUUUCAUCGGGAGUUCCCCAAACUUGGUGGUGGCAACUCGCCAGCAGAGUCUUCGCCGCAGUAUGGGCCUGGGCCCAGCUUAAGACCACAAACCGAGGGCAGCUGGAUCCAGGGUGGGGGUCGUGGUGUGGCACAGCUGCCGCAGGAUGAGCGCCUGCCCAGCCCACAGACCACGAGUACAUUUAAUGGGGAGGUGCAUCCCCCCAGUCGUUCUGGGGGAAUGGGACCAAGAGGAACCCCACCUGGUGGACCUCCAAUGGUGCCUGGAGGCCCUAUUGGUCCCAUGGGACCAGCUCCACCUCAUGGGCCUCAAUCUCACCAGUUCAGAGGAGUCACAUCCCAAUAUAUGGUGCGUGGUAAUUUCCAAGGUGGUUUUCCUCCAAAUUACCCUGGUCAUCCACGACUCCCUUAUGGUCGUGACCAGCGAUACAGAGGGAGUGGCGGUCCUCCUCCUGGCUCCACUGAUGAAGAUAUUGUUUUACCACCACCUAUUAUUAAGAAGGAGGAAUUGGAGGGCUUUGAAGAUGAUCCUUGUGUGGCUGAGGGCUGGGCUACUAGUGCUGUAGAGGUGGACUAUAACCAAAAACUGAACUUCAGUGAGGAUGAAGGAACUGCAGAAGAGGAGGUCAAUAAGCAACGAAACUUGGAAUGGAAGCCAGACAGGCGGGAGCGGUGGGAAAAAGACCGGGUCCGUGAUGUUGGUCGAGAGAGUGAAGAACGGCGUGAGGAACACCUGGUUCCACGGGACCGAGAGCCUGAUAGAGAGCCAAGCUUGAGGGAUAGGAAUCAUCAAGGAACUCGAGACCGUGAGAAUAGGCGAGGAGAGACUGGAGAAGACCGUCGAGGUCAUGAUAAUCGUCGAUAUUCUCCUGGUGAAUCAGGUAGAUGGCAGCAGCAGCAGCAGCAGCAGCAGCGUGGAAGUUUUGAUUAUCAAAGAGGUCCAACUAGAGACUAUGUUGGCCCUCAAGGUUCUGGAAUGAGGGGUGGUCCCUCUCAACUUGGUUCUUCACAUGCUCCAUCUUCACAUACACCGUCUCAUAACUCAUCACACCUGCCCACACAUCCUCCCACACUUAAUGCAGUACACCCUCCCACACACUCUACCUCACACCCUGCACAUGCACCUUCACAUUCUCCAGCGCCACAUCCACGUGAAGAGGAGGAUACUUGGCGUGAGAAGCGUGCUACUGGGGAUGAGGUGCAAGUUGCUCUUGAACGGGCACGUCAGCGCUACGAAGAAGAAGAAAAGCGAUAUGAAGAGAAAAAGAGAUACGAACAGACCAAGGCAGUCGGAAAGAAACAUAGGGACCCGUGGGAUACUCGUGCUGAUUUUGUUGAUGAAAGAGAAAGGGAAGAGGCAGAUUCUGUUCUAGGAUGCUCAAGAGGCAAUAGUGAAUCAAGGGAUGACAAAUCCCAGAGUCGUGAUGGUGGACGUGACUAUAGGCAGUACCAAGAUAGAAGAGAUAAUUAUAGGGACAGUUAUCGGGACCACUCGCGGGACCAAUUUGAACGUCCUUAUGAUAGGCGAGAUGGGCCAAGAGACCAACAGCCUGUUUUCUCUUCACAGUUCAAGAGUAAGUUACCUCCUAGGUUCCAAAAGCAGCAACAGCAACAAGAGAUGAUGCGUGGGGGGCAACCUUUCCGUGGGCCCAGUGCUCAACCUCCACCAUUAUUUGAACCUCGCUUUGGAACUGCUACAAGCUUUGGUGCUUCAUCUGCAAAUCGUUUCAUGGGACGUGACAGUGAGGGUGGUGUGAAAGAGAGACGCAUGAGAACUGAUAGUGAUACUUCAGUUGAAGUUGAUGAGCGGCCUGCUAGUGUACCCUCGGCAGAACGCCACCGAGAUGAUAGAGAUGAACGGCUCGAUCGCUCAGACCAGAGAGACUACAGAUACGAGCGUUCUGAAAGGGUUGAACGAUCUGAUAGAAUAGAGCGGCCGGAACGAGUGGACCGGCCGGAACGUGUAGAUCGCCCAGAGCGUGUAGAUCGCCCAGAACGGGUAGAUCGCCCAGAACGGGUAGACCGCCCAGAUCGAAUUGAAAAACCAGAACGCCCAGAACGGGUUGAUUCGCGAGGUCGGGAUGACUUUUAUGAUCGUUCAGAGCGAGAUGGGAGGUAUCGUGGCCGUGGAUCUCAAGGAAAUUAUAGAGAUCGGGAACGUGAAAGUUGGGCACGUACGACAUAUCAUGAGAAGUUUGAAGAGCGUACAGAACGUGCCAGCCAUGAUCAAAGGGACUUUGAUUAUGACAGACGGCGUACUGUAAAUGGGGAAGACUUGGAUAACCGAGGAAGAGAUUUUGAGAGAGAAGGUGGCAAGAAUCGCCGCUUAGACAACAGAAAGAACUUUGAAGAUCGGAAGGAAAGGCCAGAGAGAGGGGAGAGUCUCUUGGAGAGGCGUAGUGAUGGAAAAAUAGAAUCGUGGAGUCGUCCACAUGAUACUGAACCUCUGAUCAGUAAGGAGUCCUCAGAUUAUGAACCAGGCGAGCUACGCAUGGUUCAUAAAGAGUGGGACAAAGAAGUUGAGGCUGCUGAAAAGCAAAUGGAAGAGUUACGUGAUCGCCCACAGCGUCCAGACAGUAGGGACAGCAGGUCCAGUCGAGAGUCUCGCGCAAGCAAGGACUCCUUUGAUCGUUCAUCAAAUCUUCUUCCAAGGGAAAAGAAGUUAGAAAUCACUUCAUGGGCAGAUGCUACCUAUGAAUAUGAUGACUAUUAUAGAACAGAAGGAAAAGUGGAUGAUUUAAGCCGGGAGCCAAGUUACCAAGAGUCCCCUAAAAAGAUUGAUUUGAAGGAUGAUAAAGCAAUUAAGGUAACAGAAAAAGAGCUUAAGGAAGAGGGUGCCAAAGAAGAGUGCGAAAUGCAUCAGCGGGAUUUGCUGAAAGAGAAUGCCCGUUCUGCUCAUGCCCCAGCACCCAUAACUCGAGAGAAGUUAGAGGCCUCAGACAAAGAGAAAGAAAUAAGGAAAAAUAUGACGACACUUAAGAAAUCUCCUCAGGGAGAACAAGUGCGUAAAGUUGAGGUAAAGGAAGUUGUACAUCCUAAGGAGCACAGAGACAAUGUAUGGGCGAGCCGUUCAAAAAACGCCGAACGCUCCCGCCCCGAUUCCAGCGGCACGGCAACAGUGGUGGCCAGCAAUGCCGGCAGCAGUUUGACCAAGUCCGGGGAGUCCAGCAUUUGGGGCGUGGCCAAGCAAGCAACUUUAAACAGCGAGAGCACCAUCCCAGCCACCGUGGUAGUCGCAACAUCUGCAGUCAGCCAGGUCAGCAGCAGUACCAGCAACAGCAGUACCAGCAACAGCAGUACUAUCGCAACCAGCACAAGCACCACAACAGUAGAGGCAGCAACAAUGAGGGUAACCAUCCCACAGGAGGCUGUUGGUACAACUCCAGUGUCUCAACCACAGCCCCUAAUGCAGCAACUCAUCCCACCACCACAGCAACAGCAGCAACAACUGCACCAGUCACAGCAGCAACAAACUCAGCUGCUGCAGCAGCAGCAGCAAAGUCUUCAGCAACAACAGCUGGCCGGAACCACAUCAGACGCAACCACCACUACAACCACCACCCUCGCACCAGGGUCUUCUCUAACAGUAACCGCUGGAGGAGAGACCAAUGAGGGAAAUAGUGAAGUGGUUGAGAGUAAGAGUGCAGAGCGGGGCGGGGGCAGUAAGUCGGUAUCUUCAGGAGCUCGGGGUAACCGAAGCAAUCGCUAUGAAUCUUCACGGAGUGGAGGACGUAGCAGUGGAUCUAGAGGUGGCACUUACCCCUUGUAUCGAGGGGCUAGAGGAGGUCGUGGUGGGGAUUAUAAUCGUCGAGGUAGAGGUCCACCGCCAAGAUUCCAGAACCGUAACUACAGGGGUGAAGAUGACUACUACUAUGAUGAUUAUUACCAUAGUCGCCCUCAUAGGGAUCGCAAGGAUGAUUGGAGUAGCAGUUGUGAAGGAGAUUGGAGCAGUGCAUCAAUAAUACCAGGAGGUAGUACUGCAGGAAGCAGUAACAUCAACAGUGGCUCGUCUCUACCCAACAACCGAGAGGAGAGCGGCGAUGGUGAGCGCUCCCAGUUUGGUCGAGGUGGCGGCCGGGGGCGAGGGGAGGCCAGGCGGGGAAGCUCCAGGGGUGGUGGUGGAGGAGGAGCUUCAUCACUUCAGGGCCAUACAGGGGGCAGGGGGCGGUCAGCACCAGCACACGGUGGUGGUAGUGGUGGAGGUGGUGGUGGUGGAGGUGGUGGUAGUGGCAGUGGUGGUGGUAGCGGUGGAGGUGGCAGCAGCAACAAAGCUGGAACUACUGAGGAGGGAAAAGUGUCCUGUAAUGAAGCUGGUGCAGCUGAUUCUGCUGGACGCAAACAACAGCAGCAACAGCAGCAAAACAGAUUCGACAGGAUGCCACCCAGAUUCCAAAAGCGACGAGAAUUUGAACGACAGAGAGGUAAUGGUGGAGGCAGUGGUAGCAGUGCAGGUGGUGGAAACAGCAACAGUAAUAAGAGAGGACGUGGAGCUUCAACAACUAGUGCAGGAAGUGGUGGGAUUGCAACAUUGUCGACUACAAUGUUAACUAAACCAAACAUGAAGGAAGGUACACCAGAGACUACAGAGGAGGCUGACUGGGAAACUGCAUCUGAAAGCAGUGACCCUGAGGCUCGAAAAGAGAAUAAGGAGAAGGCUGCAGCCACAGUGGCAAAAGUGGAUCAUCGCAAGGGAAACAAGGCAGAUAGGAAGAUCGGUGGUGGUGGCUGGGCUCCCUCAUCAGGUGGGGGCUUAGCACAGGGACGUAACUCACUUGGCAAGGAAUCUAAAGCUGAGGGCCAAGGUGUUUCCCAAAGUACUAGCCAGCAGAGGUUUGGUGAGAAGAAGGCUCUGCAUAAAAAUGAGAAAAAUAAGAAUGGACCUACAAGUGGAAAGGGCACAAAAACUGAAACUACUGUCAAUCAAGUGCAUGAGAUAAAGUUAGACCCUACCAUGGUUCACCAGGCUCUCUCUGAUGUCAACAACAAAAGUAAGCCCAAGCAAGAGAAAGCCAACCCAUUGGAGGGCAUCGACUUGAAUAAUUAUGCUAGUGUGGUGAUAGUUGACGAUCAGCCACAAGUGUCUGAACUGAUUGGUGAUCAUAUGGACUCAAAUGAUGGGUUCCAAGAAGUGACUAGACGCAAGUCUGGAAAGGAAAAACUGAAGACCCAGUUACACGAACCUGUUUCAGUUACCACUGCUGUUAGUGAACCUGCUACUGUUGGGAUAACUAAUGUAGCGGGUCCAACGCCUACCACCGCUUCCAAGAAGCAGCAAAAAGAAAAGAAAAGUCGCACCAACAAAACAGGUGGAUUUGAACGAUCUCGUCAAAGCAAGCUUCCUCCAAGACUAGCAAAGCAGCGAGAGAAUAAUAGAAUUAAUGCAAUGAAAUCUGCUGGUUCGUGCAGUCCUGUAGAUUCUCCAACCAACACCUUAUUCCCUGUAAAAGAUGCAACAGCUAUACCACCACCACCCAAAAAUGCUUGGGAUAAACCUCUAACAGCUACAUUGAGAGCUAACUCUCCUUCUCAGGCACCAACAUCAGGAGAUGGAACAAACCAACCUGGAGUCAAACCAACAUCAUUUGACAACCAUGAUAGUGGUGUAGAGAUUAGUGACCAACCAAAUUCUGGAGGCAGUAGUCAGCGAUCAAGCCCAAGUGAUGAUCCAAACAAUUUCUCAAAAGUGGACAAGAGUACUCUUGAUGGUACAUCAGUACCUUCCCAGACAAUUAUAUUUGAGAAUACUAAUUUCAAGGCUGCAGGUUCCGUAAAUGCUACUGUAGGUGCAGAAUACAAGGCAAAGUUUGGUGAAGCUCCAAAGCCCCAAAGACAGCGUGAGAAUAGAGACAGAAAGAGUGUUUCUCCUGAAACUACAUUGUCAAUGAAAGAAGAGAAGGAUAAGAAGCCUGAAAAACCAGAGCCAAUUGAAUUACCACUCAAUUUCUCAACUAAGGUAGAGGAAAAUGGUACCGACAUGAAAUUAGACUUUACAUUUGACUCCGAGUUGUCAGAAGUAUCAGGAUCUGUGACUACUAAGGGAAUUGGUCUUCCUCGGUCCCUAGUAAUGACCUCUGGCAGCAUGCAGAGUCCCAUAUCUCCUUCAACAGAUGACCUUAACCUUAAAAUUGCUUCAGUUAAGAAAGUGUGGGAGACAAUGGCACCUGUCCCUGAGCAUGCAGAAGAUGUGACCAGUUCAGUUGCCUUUUCUACAGCAAGUUUUUCAGCUGUUGAUAGUGUGGCAGGGCUUGACCACUCCCCAGCACUUGAAGCUUCCUUCACACCAAAGGACUCUACUGCUGUUGGCACUUGCGAAGAUCACUCUCAAGAUGUAGGUGGCUAUCAAGGUGGCUCACCUCUGCAGCAGGGGGCAGCUAUGGGCAAUGCUAUGGUAUACACUUCAUCUGCUGUUGCAUACACAUCAUCUGCCGCUGCAUCAUUGGUCAAGGCUGAAGUAAGUCGACCUGGAAAUGUUUGCAAAGUGAAGCCACAGCAGCAAACUACUAAUAGUUCAGUAUCUCCAGGACCAACUGGAUCAUCUUUGGGGAUCUCAGGAGGCUCAUUAUCCCCUCCUCUGGUGUCAGGAUCAACAGGACCUUCCAAUAACAGCAUGUAUCAAACUAUAGGGGGUACAGCGCCAUUUGGUGGAAUUGGUGGUGCAAUCCCGUCACCUCCCAUGGUGUUCAAUUCAAAUCCACAGACUGGUUUGUACCAACCAUUCUUGGAUGGUACCCCUGUUCUGGGGCAAAGAGGUGCAUCCCAGUUCUCACAAUAUCCACCUUAUGGGCUUGGCCAAGGGCUGGGUAGCAAUGCAUUUGGUCAACAGUCAAUGUUUUUGCAGACUCCACCACCUCUCACAACACCAGAUCUGUACACCAAUAACCUCUCUCAGUACCGACUGCAACCAACAGGAGUAACAGGCUUUGGACAAAGUCAGCCACAAAACCAAAACACUGUCCUUAUAUCAACAGCUUCCAAUUCACUUAUGUCAUCAGCAGUAAAGCCAUCUUCUCAAACAUUUGGCAAUUCACAACAGAACUUUGGCACCAUUGGGUCAAAGGCUGGUACACCAUUCCAGCAGAGUGGCUUAGGAACUGCAUUACAAGGUGGUCCCCAGCCCUCGCAGUUGUAUAUAUAUGAUCCCAGCCAACCCAUGGGUCUUUUAGGAUCACAGUUGGUCCAGCGACCUGGUGUACAGAAUUCUGUUAUUCAGGCAAUACAGCCUCCAAAUUCAUUCUAUUCUAAUAAUGGUGCUGGGGCACCAGGUGCCCCACCUACGGCACCUCCUACUGGGCCAGGAGGACCCCAACAAGCAGCAGGAUUUUACACUGCUUCUGGAUCACCACUACAAGCAGCAGUGCAGCAACAAGCUCAACCACCCUUACAGACUCCACCUGCUGCAUAUGGCUUACAAGGCUUUGGCAGUCAGUCUCAGCCAGGACCAGCUGGAGUUGGGAUGCAGGGAUUUGGAUCCAGUAUGAGCCUAGCAGCACAGCAACUUGGAGCACAGGCAUUUCGAGGUGCUCCAACACUUCCUCCGAGUUUCUUGAAGUCCUUGCAGCCAGGGGCUAACAUUCAAGAAACAACUCGCCAGCAGCUCAAGUCUCCAGGGGCAGUCCAGAACUCCUUUUCUUCAACCUUUUUUCCUCCCACAAGCAGCAUAUCUUCAUCUGUGAAUACCAGCUGUAGUAAUAGCAGCACCAGUCAUGGAGGUUCCAGUAUGCCACAGAUAUCAUCUCCAAAGACUCAAAGUCGAAAAAUGCCCACUCAGCCUGGAUUAUCACACCAAAGCUCAAACAGGAAUGCAUCAUAUACAGCUCAGAAUGCCUCUCAGGUAAUUAAUUUUCAGAUGAUAGGUGGGAGCCUCAGGUCAGGAAUGGUAAUGGGUCUACGGGGCCAACUACCUAUGGCAAGCCAAAGUGGUUUGGGUGGACCAACUCCAACUAUGGCUACUAGCUCCCGAUAUACAAAUCCAGGACCCAUUCAACGCCCCCCUGCAUCCCAGGGUUCUGGUACAAGUAGCGGUCAUCGUGGUAGCCGUGGACAGUCACAAGGGCAGCAGCAACAGCAACAAACUCAACAGCGAACAUCUAAUCCUCCAAGCUCAGCUCAACAAGCCAAGCUCAGAGCUGAUGCCCUAAGUACUACUCAGGCUUUCUUUAAUCGUGAUGCUGGCAAGUCGGAGAAAAGGGUUGAAGACAAGCCAUCAGAGUCGAUUGUAUCCUCCAAAGAGGAAUUGUCGACAGACAAGGUUUCUGCUUCACCCUCGACUGCAGGUGAUGGCCCACCAAAAUGAAGUGGGUGAAAGUUUGUCAUAGCAUCCAGGAAAAUAUAUAUGAAGCUCCUUUCCUGUUAUGCUAUACAGGUGGUAAUGGACUCUUAUGAUGCAGUUGAUAAGCGAAUGGAAAAAAAUUUGACAAAACAAUUUAUUUGAAAAAUGCACUUGGAAUGAAGGAAAUUAAUCAUCCCAGUGGCAAUGUGAGAUUUGCUGUGGUAGAACAAAUUAAUUUUGUGGUUUAUUUCUCUGUAGAAAGGCAAAGUUUAUAAUUUCUUGAGUGAACUUUAUUUUCCUCUACUUGAAAAGCUUAGAGUGCUGUGCUAGAAACAUAGACAUAUUUGAUGCUAUGGUUUCUUUUAGAAGUGUUAACCUGCAUAUGGACGGUGCAUAUGUUACUCUGGGUUGAUUUUUGUAUCUUGUCAAUUAAGGACUCUGUGGUACUUGGGAUGGGCACCUGUGCUUUGUAUUUAAUACAGGAAGGUAUGUACUACUCCACAUUAAGGAAGUAAGUGGGUAAUGCACACGAGUCUCUUCUAGUUAAAAGAUUUCUUUUGGUUUUCGUGCUCCACACUGAUGAUUCCUGGAGCUAGUACAGAGUAGGGUUAGAAAUGAGCUUUUUAUGGAAGAUUCCUCUUGGAAAAUAUCCAUGUUUUGAAAAUGCUAUAGAAAGUAAUGCUGAUCACUAAAUGAAAAUUUCUUGAAGUCGAGACAUUAUUACUGGCAUUUACAUAUGAAACAGGUAUAUAAUUUUCAAAAUGUAUCUGAAGCGAGACCAAGUGCAAGAGGCACUUACUGAUAUUAGAACCAUGCAGACUUAUCUGUGAGUGACCUCUUCACCAGUCUCACGAGUGUAAUGAGCAGCUGAGGGAAGUAACCUGCGGCGUUGUCUUGCGUGCUGGCCACGGCGCCAACUUGCUGCUGAGGAACCUGGGGCCACUGCUAACCUUACGGGACACAUGGCGACAGAAUACACCCCACCACCCUCUUACUCAUAUAUGUGGGGAAAGCACAGCACUUCUGGCCAAUCUGGUUUACUGCCACUGCCCCUGACAGAUCACUCCAGUUGGCUAGCUGUGGUAUCAACAUAUUCUUGUAACUUGUGGCAUUUUACCAUGUGUAUAUGACUUGAUAUCGUUCCCUUAUUGUUACGCUGUUGAAGAGCGCACUGUAUGGGCAACUCUGGGAAGGCUUCAUGUUGCUUGACGUGGCUGUGGCAGCUAGUGGGUGUGGGAAGAUUUAGAGUUGGCUGUGGCCUACCCAACCAACCACACUCACAAACCACCCACGUGGCACGCCUAUGUUACAGUCUUUUAAUUUUAAUUGGCCCCACACUAUUGAAUGGAUGGGACUCUUUUAGACCCCUCAGCUUUUAUACUGAUCCAGAGCGAGUGAGGGGGAAAGUGUUCCCUCUUCUCACCACUCUUAGCAGCAAGCUCAACAUACCUCGUGUAGUUGUCUUAUUGCAAUAAACUCAAUGUCUCUAA